UUCCUCGAACUGCCGUGAACGGUUUGUGGGUCUACCUUACCGUUCCACGGUUUACAAUCUCUUCACACUAACUAUUAUCUGUCUAGCCGCUUAAUCCUCUUUCCUCUUCACUCCCCGUGCAUGUCGCCUCGUCGUCUGGCAUAAUCACUCCCAUAUUAUUUGUCUUUUAAUGGACCACUUCCCUCGCUCUCUUCAGCAACCAGCGAUACAGGCGAUCACUUUUGCUCCCCCAAACCAGCCCCCUCCAGAUGGUGCCCGCUUUCUCAUCGACACUUCCCAGGAUCCUGAUAGGACGGACACUAAUAUUGCGUUUAUGAAAGGUCCAAAGCGCAAACGUCUAGCAAAGGCGUGCGAUGCUUGCCAUAAAAGCAAACGACGAUGCGAUGGAACAGCUCCUUGCAGCAACUGUUACUUCGCCUCUAAGAAAUGCACGUACACAGAUGCUUCGGGCAGACCUGUACCUGCACCUAGGCCACGCAAAGGGAAUAACACAAACGUACCACCCGAUCCGCGUCAGGGUUCAUGCGCAACAUACCCAGACGGUGCCCAGGGUAACCAACCAUCCUUCGUUGUCCAUGCACUACAGCAAGACGAGGCCCUUGGAACCCAAGUCGACCCUGAUGAAGAUGUUCUACCGCGCAAGCGGUUCAGGCCAGACCUUGGUCAGUCGGCAUCUCCUAUCGAGACGUCUUUGAGAGGUUUAGCUCCGCCGUCAUUGCCAACCACUCAGCGCUCUUUGGAGCGUGACCCGUCACUCACAAGAGAACUCGUGCACCUAUUCUUUGCAGACCGCCAACCUCAGCGUAUGAUCAUCCACGAGCCUUCAUUCCAUCAUGCACUAUCUCAUGGUCUCGUCCCUCCUCAUCUUCUCCUUUCGGUAUGCGCUCUUGCCGCACCACUCUCGCAGCGUCCUUGUUUCAAGGAAAGGGGCUCCAGAUUUGCUGGAGAAGUAUUCUUCCAAGAGGCAAUGUCGCUUAUGUUUGAUAAAGACCAAAACUUAAUUUGUGAGAGGAAUCUUGCAACUGCACAGGCUCUAUGUCUUCUGCAGUUGCAUGACCGAAUGGCCAAGUCAUCCUGGAGAGGGAAUUAUCAUGUAUAUGCACUUGAGGUCAUUGAACAGCUAGGCGUGUAUAAGGCUGAUAAUCCGAUCUUGACACCUACUCCUUCUCUGGAGUUUAUUGAUGCGUCCAUCGAACGAGAAUGCGCGCGUCGUAUUUUCUGGCUCAUAUACAUAUGCGAUACUAUGGGGUCUGUUCUCUACCAACGACCUAUGUUGGCAGAUGAAGCGCAAUUAAAAUUGCGUCUCCCUGUGGAUGAAACGACCUUCUUGUUCACCGUACAUGACGCUGUCCCAGAAUAUCUGGACAACCCCAGUUCUUCAUCGAGAUCCGAGACCGGGCAGCUAAUUCGGGUCCUAUCUAUACACGAGAAGAUAGAGAGAACCAUGGAUGUGUUCAACGAACGCGAGUCCGGCAGACAUCCCGUCACGGUCAACACACUGUUGGAUCUUGACGCUAAACUUAACGCGUGGGACGGAUCGCUUCCUGACAGUCUUUGUUUCACCGACGAGAAUCUUGCUAUUCAAAUGUCAUUGUUUGCCACGAGUUCCAACGUGGGAGCGUGGUGCUUUUGUGCUAUGCACAUCAUCCACUGCUCGUGUGUUUUUGCAUUGAAUCAGGCUAGGAAGCGUUGCCGUACGGGUAUGCCUGGAGGUCCAACGUGGGCGCACGAGCGCCUGAACAAGAUUAUCGCUGCUUUAGGUGGCAGAGCGAAAAAAACUAUCAUCCUGGCAAUUGCAAUUUGGCCCUUGUCCAAAUAUUGUCAAGACAAUAGUCCAAGAUUUUUGGAAUUGUCUAGUGCGGUUGAAGAAGUGUUUGGUGUUCGUAUCCACGACUUGGCUACACCGGCACCUGACUACACCGACGACGUACAACCCGCGGAAGACAUGCUUCCAGUAGUUUCCAGCUCUGGCGGAUCUCAUGGCUCUACACCCGUUUCUAGUAAUUCAUUGGAGAUCGUGACACCUCAAAUAGCUGCAUCUCCGGUAUAUGCACCGCCGGGGCGCCCACCUCCUGAUGCCCGGUUCUUCGGUCAACCUUCUUUUGGUGAUGUUCGAGCACAUGCGCAUCCGCCUCUUCCACCACAACCUGAUCCCAGAGAGAAGAGAAAUAUUCCGCAUGAUGCCAAUAUCGAUCCUGCCUUGCAAAUGCCACCAAAUCCCAGACAUAUGAUAACGGAGCCAGUCCCUGCCGUAUCCCCGGCACUAUCGUUACCCUCACUGAAGUCGAGCGGUCUUUUAGAUUGGCAACGAGCCAAUGAAGGCAUUCCAUCACCUUCGUCAGCAAGUUGGCAAGCAUCCGGGCAACAUAUCCCAGCCCCUAGCCAGAGCUCACGAGACGCAACUGGGUCAACCUUCCCUUCAGCCUCACACGUAGAUUACUCUACUCGGUCUGCGGUGGCCACGGCUUCAACCAGCAUGCCUGUCGGUUUACCGUGGCUGGCCAGCGAGUCGACAGUUUCUAGGUCAAGCUAGCAUAACUGUGCUGCCUAGGUUCUUGAGCAUUUGAUUCCAUUCAUUAUCACCACCUGUCACCUAUUUUGGUCUGCACCUUGCAAUCUUGUCGUUCCUUGAUAUUUAUUCGAUAAUUCGUA